AUGCGGACACAAUUCCCAUGUAACCUCCUUCUCGCAUUGUCAGCGCUCUGCUUCACAGUUGCUCUCUGUAAGAAAAUGCUUUUCGUGGAUCUACUCAAUGGAGUAAACAUAAAUUACAAAAGGAAGGUACCCAUAUGUAAAAGACCAACUAGAAGUACAGAAUAUCUUUCAAAUGUGUCCUUGCAUGCGAACCGAAAUGUAGAACAAGUCGCUUCAAAAAAUGGUGAGCCAUUCAUCACAACCUAUCACGAUAAUAGAGAUGAAAAUAUUUUGCAACAAUACAUUUAUACUCUAUCCCACUUGACCAUCUUCGAUGUUGAAAGGGAUAAAAGUAUACCUCUAAAUAUCUCCCUACUUUUAAAGGCCUGUCUAGCAUCCCACAACUACAUAAAAAAUAUUGAGAUAUAUACCUCCGACGUGAAGAACAAAGAAAUCUGCUCAUUCAUUUACGAAAACAGAAAUGACUUCGACAACUUUUUCAAAAUGCACGUAAUGAAGUAUGUAGACUUUUUUGGAAAUCCCCAAAUUAUGGAAACGCUAAAAUCUUACAUGGAUAAUGAGCAGGAGUAUCAACGCGAAUUAAAAAUAUUUAAACAAAUCGACGGAGACACAAAAAUAAGAAAAAAUGUACUAGAAGACAUACUAUUUGAAUGCACACGCCUCAACAAAAUUAUUCAAUACUCCCUUGCAGUUAACAACUUCGAUUUAUAUUCUCCCACAGUUUUUCUCAAAUUAUUUAUGUACUUUAAAAAUUAUGGAAUAUAUUACUACAUAUUUGAGAACAAUAUUAAGAGGAUUAAAUAUUAUUAUGAAACGAAGGAACUACGGGGGGAAGAUAAAAUGAAGAUAGACAAAAUUGUUGAUCAUUAUUUGCUCACCUUGGAUCGGUUCAACCGUAUGUAUGAGGCUGGCCACGCAAUGCCAUGA